AUGGGGCUCUCCAGUCUUGCCAGUGUCCUCCUGGGACUUGCUGCGCUGUAUGUGCUCAGACAGCUCCUGUCGCCCAGACAAAACCUGGCGCCGCUCCCACCAGGUCCCAAGGGGAAGCCUCUCAUUGGGAACCUGGGGGAUCUGCCGCCGCCGGGGAAGAAGGAUUGGGAGCAUUGGGCGAUGUUCAAGGAGCUCUACGCUCCAUUACCAUCUUCGGCCAAACGAUCGUCAUUCUCAAUGACUCCCAAGUCCCAAAUGGCAUUUGAUCUGAUGGAGAAGCGCUCAGCAAUCUACUCAUCACGACCGCAUAUGGUCUUCGCUGGGGAAAUGGUGGGCUGGAAAGACAUCUUGUCAAUGCAGACAUACUCAGACAGGUUCCGCAGCUAUCGCAAAGUGAUGCAUCAAGUGCUGGGCUCCAAGACGACGGUCACGCGCUUCAACCCGCUGCAGGAGGUAGAGAUCCGAAGGUUUCUGCUGCGGGUGUUGCAUCACCCGGAGGAUCUGGUGCAGCAUAUUCGGACGGAAGCCGGUGCUGUGAUCUUGAAGAUUGCGUAUGGCUAUGCAGUUGAGCCCCAUGGUCGUGAACCGCUUGUUGAUCUGGUGAAUGACUCAAUGGAAAAGUUUUCCAUUGCCGGGAUGCCUGGGAUGUGGCUGGUUGAUACUAUGGAGAAAUUCCAAUUUUAUUACUGGAUGUCGCUGACUUGCGAUCUAGUGAAACAGCUGCCGACAUGGUUCCCAGGGAUGGGAUUCAAGAAGACGGCCAACGUGUGGCGACGGACCCUGCUCACGACAAUUGAGAAGCCCUACCUCCUGGUUCGACGGCAGAUGCGCAGGGGUAACUACUCGCCCUCAUGUCUCGCCAGUUUACUAGAAGGGGUCUCCGACAAAUGGGAACUCAUAGCCAAAUGGGCGGCCGGAUCGCUUUAUACAGGCGGAGCAGACACAACUGUAUCAGCUCUAUCAUGCUUCUUCCUCGCCAUGGGACUCUACCAAGACGUCCAACGCAAAGCUCAAGAGGAGAUCAAUCGCAUCCUUGGACCAAACAAGAUCCCCUCCUACACUGACCAUGAGAACCUCCCCUACAUCGACGCCCUUGUCAAAGAAACCCUCCGCUGGCACCCUGUCGCCCCGAUGGUUAUCCCGCACAUGUGCACCCAAGACGACAUCUACAAGGGCUAUCGCAUCCCGAAGGGAUCGCUAAUCAUGCCCAAUAUCUGGUAUUCCCCCCCUCCCCUCCUUCCUUUCCGGAAUGCCCCAAGAAACCACCACUGA